GGGUUUCUUCUUUUCUCCCUUUAGGGUUUAGACGAAAAACUGCGGAACCACAGGUAAAAAGAAAAUAUAGGGUGUAGUUGGAAAUAAUCUCGUAUUCAUUUGCAGGUAUCUUCAUAGUUAGAGAAAGAAUAGGAACCAAAUGGAUUAUGUAGCUGAACAAAAUGUCUCAGAAGAGCAGGAACGAAACGAUGGUAGUGCAGGACAUGAAUUAAAGCAUUCACUCGAUGAUUCUUCUGCAGGAAAGCUUUUCGUCGGAGGCAUUGCUUGGGAGACCAGAGAAGAAUCUUUUAGAAAGUAUUUCAGCAGAUUUGGAGAGAUAACAGAUUGUGUAAUAAUGAUGGAUAAGGUCUCUGGAAGGCCACGGGGAUUCGGCAUUGUAACAUUUGCGGACCCAAAAGUUGCAAAUAAAGUUUUAGAGGAAGAGCACAUCAUAGACGGUAGAACGGUGGAAGUGAAGAAGACAGUACCUAAGGAGGACAUGCAAGUUAAAGGAUCUCCGAAAACAAAGAAAAUUUUUGUCAGCGGUCUUCCAUUAACUUUAACUGAAGAUGAGUUGAAGGAAUAUUUUUCUUCUUAUGGCCAUGUUCUGGAGCAACAAAUCAUGCUGGAUCGUGAGAGUGGUCGGUCCCGAGGCUUUGGCUUCAUUACUUUUGAUAGUGAAAAUGUCGUUGAAAAAGUUUUAAACAAUGGCCGUAUGCAUGAAAUCCAUGGCAAACAAGUUGAAAUUAAGAGGGCUGAGCCAAAAAGAGCUGGUGCUGAAAAUGCAAUUGAAAGCAGGCAGCAUCGUGGUGGCAGUGGUUCGAGAUCGUAUAAUAACUUUGGUGGGUCUGAAGAAGGGUAUGGUGGUGGAUACGGUAGAGGGUAUGGUGGAUAUGGAGGCUAUGGAGGUGGCAUUGGUUAUGGUGGUGGCGGCGGUGCCGCUGGUUAUGGCGGUGCUGGAGCUGGCGCUGGCUAUGGUGGUUAUGGAAACAUUGGAGGAAGUUAUGGCGGAGGUGGUGCAGGAUAUUUCUCUGGAUAUGGUGGAUAUGGUUAUGGAUUUGGGUUUAAUGGACCUAUUUAUGGGGCAGUUGGAUACAGAGACACUAGCUAUGGUGCUCCUGGUAGCUAUGGUGGUGCUGCUGGGUAUGCUAGCGGUAGAGGAUACACAAGCAGUGAUGAUGGUAGCUGGUAUGGUGGGGCUAGAAGCUCUGCAUCUUUCAAUGCUAAAGGGUAUGACACCGGGGGUAGCACUGGAGGUGCUAAAGCAUAUGGUAAUGGUGGUGCUGCAGGUGGAAGGUUUCAUCCUUACAGGAAUUGAGACCUUCCUGACGAGUCUAAUGUUGCAAUUGUUUUGACUACUCUUGGUUGGCUCAAGCUAAAUGUAAAAUCUUUUGCUGCUGAGUUUGUUUUCUUUGGGGUUGAUGAUUCAGUUAGAUGUAACCUGCUUA